UAACGAUUGCCUUAACUUAUCCGAUAUGCCAACAACUCGGCUGCGGUCGCGCAAAGAGCUCCUUAACCUAGCCAGGGAUCACAUACUUGCGGCUCAACAAGAGAAAGAAAUGAAGGCGUGGGAGGGUGUGCAGCCAAUAAUUAUCGCUGAAAUGUUUCACUCGAAGCCUACAUCAGACCAUGGAAAGGUAGCAGGCAAAAUUGCUUUCUUGACGUGCGCCUGGAAUAAUCGAUUAUUUGGUUUCGAUAGAGAGAAUCACAUUGUGUCUCCAAAUAGCUACUUUACUGCUGAUGUUUCCAUCCGGCCAUUAGACCUUCCUCCAUCUCCAGCUGGCCUGAAACUUAACUCAGAUGGAGGUGCAUAUCCAACAAUAGUUGUUGAAGUUGGCAAGAGCGAAUUUCUUUCCAGUCUACAUAGUCUUUCAACAUAUUAUUUUUCUCCACGAACGAAUAUUCAGAUUUGCCUUACAAUCAAACUAUUUCCCAUUUGUCAGGACGGCACAAUGGCAAUGCCUGCACUACGCUACCUACGUACAAACCAAAAUCAAACAGUACCAGAUGUUGUAAUAUCUUUUGGCACAGCACCUCUCAAUCGUAGUGCAAUCAACUUUCUUUUAAAUAAUAUGGGUGUUCCAUCUGUUGACAUUACUGGUAUCGGGUUUGCAGCAACUAUUUGCAACGCUCCUAGUAUUCCAAAUUAUCAAUUGCAUAUUCCUGCCGUUGAACUUUUCAACGGUUCUCCUAGUGGCGUCCCUGCUAAAGCAAUUAAUAGCUCUAUUUGGAUUUAUAGGAAUUGCAAAAUAUAG